GCUUGUUAAGGUCUUGUUUCUGGUCAUCCACUUCGAAUUACCGUCUUCACCUCCUGGCUUUUCAUCUCCUGUUCCUACUACAACCCAGAGAGUGGUUGAAGUGCUGUCAUGAGUCGUGGUACGAUUACCCGUGCUGGACAGAAGAGGUUCUGUGGGGAAAGUAAGUCAGAGGAUAGUGGAUUGGGUGAGAAGGGUGUCAAGACCCAGGGUGAAGAAGAGGAUGUGACUUACUUGCAAAAAGGAAAGUCAGAGGAUUGUGGAUUUGGUGAGAAGAGUGUGGAGACCCAGCAGGAAGAAGAGGAGGUGAGUUCCUUGCAAAAAGGAAAGUCAGAGGAUAGUGAUUUGGGUGAGAAAAGUGUGCCAACCCCACGUGAGAAUGAGGAGGAAAGGUUCUCAGAGAAAGUAAACUCAGGGGAUAGUGGAUCAUAUGAGUGGGGAUCGAUGCACACAGAUGAAGUAGAGGAACCCACGGUGACUUCUUUCUGAGGCCCAAAAAAGAUGCCAGAAGACAUGGAUGUCACAGUUCCAGUGGAUGACCAGGACAUCCAACUGCCAUGUCUGGACAGAUGUUCAAAGUUUUUAUGGUUUCAUCAUUUCAAGUUUGUGUUGGGGGGGGGGUACCCUUAAAGGCUUAGUCACAAAAAAAGUUCAAA